GGGAUCGAUUUAAUGUGGACAAACAAUUUAAGUGAAAAUAGGUUACCAUUAAGGUGAACGGUACAAAACCUUAAUGUGAAACAACAAUUUAAGUAAAAAAAAAAAAACUCACAAAUCACAAUCUAUUUAAGUACCUUGUUGUCAUUUUCUCAAUAAAAUUCAUGGCAUUUGUUUUCUCUCACUAAGCAACUGCAAAACCGGUACCACCAUCGACGGCGUUUAAGCAGCCGUUAAUCAAUCCCCAUUGUACUGAUACAAUGAACACGGGGAAAGACAAUGGAACUGAUCUAUACGCUGCUGAUCUUUCUUCCAUCAAGGAAGCCCAUGAGCGUAUUAAGCCUGUCAUUCACAAUACGCCUGUCUUUUCCUCUGAUACAUUGAAUGUGAUGGCUGGUAGGAAGCUGCUCUUUAAAUGCGAAUGCUUUCAGAAGGGAGGGGCUUUUAAAUUCAGAGGUGCUUCAAAUGCUGUACUUUCACUUGAUAAGGAACAGGCUGCUAAAGGAGUGGUAACUCAUAGCAGUGGCAACCAUGCUGCUGCAUUGUCCUUGGCUGCACAAAUGCGGGGAAUCCCUGCAUAUAUAGUUGUUCCUAGUAAUGCUCCAAAAUGUAAAGUUAAGAAUGUAGUCCGUUAUGGAGGUGAGGUAAUCUGGUGUGAGCCUACUUUCGAGUCAAGGCAAGUUACUGCUGAUAAAGUACAGCAAGACACUGGUGCUGUUCUUAUACAUCCAUAUAAUGACAGCCGCAUUAUAAGUGGGCAAGGGACGAUAUCACUUGAACUUUUGGAGCAAUUCCCUGAAAUAGACACCUUAAUAGUACCAAUAAGUGGUGGGGGUCUAAUAUCAGGUGUGGCACUUGCUGCCAAAUCCAUCAAUCCGUCCAUUCGAGUUCUGGCUGCAGAGCCUGUUGGAGCCAAUGACGCAGCUCUUUCAAAAGAAAAAGGCAAAUUAAUUACAUUGCCUCAGACCAAUACAAUUGCUGAUGGACUUAGAGCUUUCCUUGGGGACCUAACCUGGCCCAUUGUUCGAGAUUUGGUGGAUGCUGUCAUAACAGUAGAAGAAAAGGAAAUCGUAGAAGCUGUGAAACUUUGCUAUGAAAUUCUAAAGGUAGCAGUAGAGCCCAGCGGAGCCAUAGGUCUUGCUGCUGUUCUGUCUGAUAGCUUUCAGCAAAAUCCUUUGUGGGCAAAUUGCAAGAAUGUAGCUAUCAUAGUUUCUGGAGGUAAUGUUGAUUUGGAUGUGCUCUGGGAGGCACUGAGCAAAUGAUAGGUGAUGGAUGUAAUCCUGGAGACAUGUCUACAUUUUGUACAUGUUUUAGUUAACCAAUCGUUUAAUCUUUGUGCAAGGAUAAUGCGUAGUAGCAUAGGAAAUAUAAAAUUGACGCUGUUUAAUGUUUGGCGUGAAGACUAAAUUUAGUCAUUUCUCCUGAAUGUAAAGGAAAGAGUUUGUGUAUGAUGCUUCUCCACAGAAGCAGACGUCAAAA